AUGCAAACAUCUAAUACAAAAUUAAUAAAAAAAUCCGAAUUAAAUCUUAAUGAUAGUGAAUACAAUCAAGAUCGAAAUUCAUUACAAGAUAUAAAUCAAUUAACAUGUUGUUUAAAAGAUGCUAUUUUUUCUAAAUAUAUUUCUAAUUAUUUAAUAGAAAAAAUAGAAAAGGCAGCUAUUAAACUUGAAGAAUUAGUUAAAUAUGGACUAGAAAAUAUAGAUGUAUGUAAACGAGAUAUUGAAAUUUUAUGUUCUUCACGUAAACGAUUACGUAAUGAUGAUAAACAUACAGUUCAACUACAAUCAACUCAUCGUUCACUAAUUAGUUAUAGUUCAAUUCGUGUACCAAAAACACCACGAUGUAUUGAUCGUUCUGAUGUAGCAAAUGAUACGUAUAAAGAUAAUAUCGAUGAAUUUGAUGAUUCAAGAACACAUAAAAUAAUCAAUCAAGAACUAACUGAAGCUUCUUUAAACUCAUCUAAUAAUAAUCUGCGUCAUUGUAUAUUUCAACAUGGUGAAAUAUUACCACUUGAUCCAAAUACAAAAACUCGAACAAUAAGAAUUACAUAUAACUGUAAUAACUAG